AUGGAGCUGUGCGGGCGUCAGAAGGUCGUCCAGCGCAAGAUGGUGCUGCUUGGCGACGGUGCCUGUGGCAAGACUUCGGCGCUGAAUGUGUUUACAAGAGGGUUCUUCCCAACGGUUUAUGAGCCUACAGUCUUUGAGAAUUAUGUCCACGAUAUCUUUGUCGAUAAUGUACAUAUGGAGCUGUCGCUAUGGGACACGGCCGGACAGGAGGAAUUCGAUCGGUUACGCGCGCUCUCCUACGAGGAUACCCACGUCCUGAUGUUGUGUUUCAGUGUUGACAGCCCUGACUCCUUUGAAAACGUCGGGUCUAAGUGGAUUGCCGAAAUCAAUGAGAAUUGCCCUGGUGUGAAGGUCGUGCUCACCGCGCUCAAGUGCGAUUUGAGGAAAGAUGAGGAAAUGACUGAUAACCCGAAUGCGAUCACGUUUGAUCAGGGUUUGGCCAAGGCCAAGGAGAUCGGCGCGGUGAAGUACUUGGAAUGCUCGGCCGUUCAAAAUCGCGGUAUCAGAGAAAGCUUCUACGAAGCGGCCAAGGUCGCUCUCGAGGUCAAGCCCGCCGGAGGCAAGGGCUCUGGCUCCUCUUGUGUUAUCCUGUAA